ACUUUUGAGAGAGCGCUUUCCAAUCUCCCCUCUAUUCGAUAUUUUUUAUCCAUUAAAAUUUGACAUGGAUCACGGAAGACGUCGACUUCACAGCGGUUCGACUCCGAGAGGAGGAGAACGUCCUGCAAAACGGGAGAGAAUUUCUGUGGAAGAGCAGCAAAGUCAGGAGAUAAGGAAUUUGAAGAGAAAGUUGGAGGAGGCUAGACAGAGAGAAGACAAGUAUAUUAAGAAUGAACAGUUACAUCAUACGGCUAUGAGAAGCAAGCAACAGAGAAUUGAGAGAAUGGAAAAAUCAAUGGAAAGCACGAAUAGAAAAAUGUACGCCACACAAUGCCGCCUGAAUGACAUGGAGAAUAUCUAUGAUGAUUUGGAAAUGGAGAGCAAGAUUAUGGCAGACUUUAUAGAUCACUACUAUGAUUCUCGGAAUAUUACUGAAGAGGAUCGAGAUGAAUUGCAGGACAAGCUGGACGAAGAAGCUGCAAAUUACAGGGAUCUCGAAGACCGAAUCAAGGAAGUUAGGCACCGAGAUCGUUAUAUGAAAACUGUGGAGACUGAGAGAAAACGAACAACGUUCUAUCGGAAGAAGAUGCUCGAGUUGGCCGAGCAGCUGCAGUUUGAGCAGCAGGAGGUGACUGGAGAGACUCCUCUGUGGAAACUUUGCGAGAUAUGCGCGCAUCAGUUUUCCCACAGUGAUGAGUAUGUACCACGUGUGUUGGUAUGUGGUCACACACUUUGCACGUCUUGCAUCGAAAAACUGGACGUUGGAGACGGAAUUCGCUGCCCAUUCUGCAGAACUUGGACCAAUAUGAAACGAAUUGAAGCUCUUCCAAAAAACUUUCAGAUUCUUCAAAUGUGAUUGCCAUAAUAAUAUUCUUUUGAAUUAUAGCUUUGAACUUGAAAUUUUGUGUCUGUAAUAAUGAAGUGUAUUGUAUAGUG